AUGUCGUCGAUUCAGCAAUGGAAUGGAUCUAUGUAUUGUUGUGCCCGCCUAUACAAUAAUGAUACUAUAGAAGAGUUUGGGAUUUGUACCAACAAGCAUAGUUGUGGGUUUAUGAAUAAGCAAUGUAGAUAUUGUAAAGCUCUAAUGUCGAUCGAAGAGCGCUUUGGUGGCGCUUUAAAUCAACCAAAAUUUGAUUUAUGUUGCUUAUCAGGAAAGAUAGCGAUUCAAGAAGUGCCUGAUCCUCUAGAUGAACUUCGUAGAUUGCUAACAGAUAUGGAUACCGUCUCAAAAUAUUUCCGUGCUAAUAUACGAAAAUUUAAUUGUGGCUUAUGCAUGGCCAGCAUGAAAGCUAAUGAUGUUAAUAUAGCUGGUGGGGCGAGUACUUAUAGAAUUCAAGGAUUAAUCUAUCGCAUUUUGGGUCCUGCUUGA